AUGGAGAAGUUCUCGCAGUUCCGCGACAAAGGCUCCGGCAUCUCGCCGUUCAUGCCCACGACGACGCCGGCCUCGACGGUAGCCUCGGCCAUGCACGCCUUUAUCUUCCUCUUCCGCCUGCCCUUCUUCGUCGGCUACGUGACGCUGUACUUCCUGUUCCUGCACCACCUGCCGCUGCCCGUGGUGGCGCGCAAGCUGCUGCUGUGGGGGAUCAUGGGCAUCCCAGGCAUCUGGUGGGUGGAUCUGCAGUUGGACGGGGUAAAACGAGGGGCGCUGUCGCAGCAGCCGGCGUCGCGGGUGCCGCACGCGCGGUCCGUGGUGGCGGCCAACUUCACGUCGCCUCUCGACGGGCUGUACCUGGCCGCCGUGUUCGACCCCGUCUUCACCGUCAGCUACCCGGGCACGCGCAAGGUGCGGCGCGUCGGGCUGCUGCGCGCCGUGAGCAUGGCGCUGUCGCGCGCACAGCAGUUCGCCACCCCCCCGCCCGACCCCGCCGAGCUGACGGACCUGCGCGCCCUGCUGGAUCGCUACCCAGGCCGCGUCAUCGCCGUGUUCCCCGAGUGCGGCACCACCAACGGCAAGGGCAUCCUACCGCUCAGCCCGAGCCUGCUGACGACCCCCGCCGACGUCGCCAUCUUCCCCGUCAGCCUGAGGUACACGCCGCCGGACGUGGCGACGCCCGUGCCCGGCCCCGCCGCGUGGGUCGCCUUCUUCUGGAAGCUGCUGUCGCGCCCGACGCACUGCAUCCGCGUGCGCAUCGCCGAGGGCAUGUACAACACGUCGCAGGCGGCCAACGUUGUGUCGCAAGGCUCGUCGUCCUCGUCUUCCGCAUCCGGCCGUCUGGCGCCCGCCGCGGCCGGCUGGGAGGAGGAUGCGACGGCCGAGGAGCGGCGCGUGCUGGACCGCGUGGCCGAGGCGCUAGCGCGGCUAGGGCGAGCCAAGCGUGUCGGGUUGACAUUACAAGACAAGAAGGCUUUCGUUCAGGCGUGGGGCAAGCGGCGGAGGUGA